AUGGUACAGAGUGGUGAACUUGCUAAAUAUCCUUUGGCUGUAGUAGAGAAGUUACUUAAUACAUUUGGUGACGGCCUUGCUGGGGGGUUCAAUAUCAACUGCAAGUUCAAGACUACGCUUUGCAAAAGUUCUCUUCGAGAAAAAGCCUGCCGUCUGGAUCACACAUGCUUGUCUACCAAAAUCUCAGAGGAAAAGACGUACCUGCAAGGCCUUUGCAAGGAACCUGAAGAAAAGACCUUACAAAUGGAAUACUGGCAGAAGUUGAACAAACUCCAGGCAACAGAACUGCGCCGCCAUGCACUCGAAGAACACACAACAAAACUCAAGGCAAUUCACCAGCUGGAAGUCAUGCUCAACAUCACCGUACAUUGGACGUCAGAAUCACCUAAAUGGCAAAAUGCAGGCAAACUUGUUGCCAUACGCAAGUACCAAAGGGCGCUGGAUCAACUUGAAGGCCUGGUUGUUGCACGUAUGUUUGAACUUACAAAAAUGAAUUGGUUGCAAACCGGGUAUGCUUUGUGGAAACAUAUUGCAAAAGCACUUCAGUUCCAGGAGAGAGCGUACUUACAGGCCCUGGUGAGAAUGCAAGCAAAGUGGCAAUCCUUAGCCCUAUCAACUACAUCAAAUACACCGGACAACGAUCCUGGGCCGCACAAUGGACAAGAGCGCGUUCAAGAUGAUCUUGAGGAAGAUUUAGAGGAAGAGGAGGAAGAUGAAGAAGGACUGCAGGAGACGUCGCGUAUGCUUGAAGCACUGAGAACGUGUUGGCGUUGCGUCUUUUUGUUGGCGUAUGAGGAGGCACGCUUGAGACAUGUCUUGUUGAUUGUCAUGCAGCGGUUGAACUUUAAUUACCGGCAGGGGGAAGAGCCGCAGGACAGGAUGACGUCAAACUACUCACCUGAGUCUGCGAAAAUAGAGAAUCUUGGAGUUUUGAAACCUAAAGAUUACCCCAUGAUAAAGUUUCGCACAAAAGCGGUUGGCUCAAAAUUAUUGGCUAAUGGACCUGCUCGGAUGGUUGAGGGUGUGAACAUUUUAUACCCGCAUAUUGAGGACAAGCAUGGUGUGCCUGUGUCAUCAGAUCAUGCCCAUGAAAUGCAGCUAUUUUCAUCGAAGAUAUUCUGUCACUUGCACAGGAAAGGUGCAGCUCUGAAAAUGUGGGGCAAGGCUCUCAUAUGGAUCCAAAAUUUGUACUGGUUGUGGAUGGAGUCAAACUUCGAAGAACUGCAAUACUGUGAUUCUCACUGGAAAGUCAAUCACCUGGCAAGUUUGGAUCCCCUAUACAGUGUGACAAUAGAGAAUCCUUUGUCCAAUCUGAUCCAGUACAGCCAGACAGAGGAACAUUGCCUCUCCAGCUCAUCUUCUUCCAGUGCAUCUGCCCUCAUCUGCCUCAAAGCCUACCACAAACAUAGCAAAAAAACCAGGACCUGGAGUAUUUUGGCCUUCAAAAUAUUUCACCACAUACUGAAGGACAAUCCCAAUAGCAUGUGUGAAAAAUUCAAGCCAUAUUUUGGGGCUCUUUCAAGCGAGACAAAAGCGGAAUUCAAUAACAAAGCACAAGCUGCACAAAAAGCAGCUCAGGAUACCACUACCAAAUAG